UCAUACCUUAAUGAGGUUUCAUAUUCCAAAUGUUUGGUAAUUCUUGCAGAUAUCUUGUAAAAAACUUAGAAUUGUUUACAGAAGGGAGAGAAACAAUGGCUGGGGAUCAAUUGCCAGUCCUGAAAGCACUUGACUCAGCGAAAACACAAUGGUAUCAUAUCACAGCAGUGGUAAUCUCAGGAAUGGGUUUCUUCACCGAUGCCUAUGACCUCUUCUGCAUAUCCCCUGUCACCAAAUUGCUAGGCCGCAUAUAUUUCCAAGUUGAAGGUGCAAAAAGCCCUGGUAGUUUACCUCCCAAUGUAGCCUCAGUUGUGAAUGGUGUUGCUUUAUGUGGAACCUUAGCUGGUCAGCUCUUCUUUGGCUGGCUUGGUGACAAGCUAGGCCGGAAACGAGUCUAUGGAAUGACCCUAUUGCUCAUGAUUAUGUGCUCCAUUGCUUCUGGUCUUUCCUUUAGCAAGGAACCUAAAGCUGUUAUGACAACACUGUGUUUCUUUCGCUUUUGGCUUGGAUUUGGCAUUGGCGGUGACUACCCACUUUCUGCCACCAUCAUGUCUGAAUAUGCCAACAAAAGGACACGUGGUCGUUUCAUUGCUGCAGUGUUCGCAAUGCAAGGUUUUGGAAUUGUAGCAGGUGGUUCGUUUUCACUUCUCAUCUCAGCUUUAUUUGCUGCCAAAUUUCAAUCUCAGCCUUAUGGAUUAGACCCCAUUGGCUCAACUGUCCCACAAGCAGACUACGUUUGGAGGAUCAUAUUGAUGGCUGGUUCAGUCCCCGCUGCACUCACUUACUAUUGGCGGAUGAAAAUGCCAGAAACUGCUCGUUACACUGCGCUCGUUGCGAAAAAUGAGAAACAGGCCGCGGCUGAUAUGUCAAAGGUUAUGCACAUUGAUCUCAAGUCAGAGCAAGAAAUGGUUGAGAAGAUGGCUCAGAAACCAGCCAAUGAAUUUGGUUUGUUUUCCGUGGAGUUUGCUCGUCGCCACGGGUUUCACUUGCUUGGAACCAUGAGCACGUGGUUCUUGCUCGACAUUGCAUAUUACAGCCAAAAUUUGUUCCAAAAGGACAUUUUUAGCGCAAUUGGGUGGAUUCCUCCUGCAUAUGCUAUGAAUGCCAUUCAGGAAGUUUAUAUGGUAGCCAAGGCACAAACCCUUAUUGCUCUUUGCAGUACUGUCCCUGGCUACUGGUUUACGGUGGCAUUCAUUGAUUCGAUUGGAAGAUUCAAAAUUCAGAUUCUGGGUUUCUUCAUGAUGACAGCUUUUAUGUUCGGAUUGGCUAUUCCUUACAAUUACUGGACCCAAAAGGAACAUCUAAUUGGGUUUGUUGUACUAUACUCGCUAACUUUCUUCUUCUCAAAUUUUGGACCCAACGCCACCACAUUUGUCGUGCCAGCUGAGAUUUUUCCAGCUAGGGUGAGAUCAACUUGCCAUGGCAUAUCAGCUGCAUCGGGGAAGUUAGGGGCAAUAAUAGGUGCAUUUGGGUUUUUGUAUCUGGCUCAGAACCAAGACAAGGCCAAGGCAGACAGGGGUUAUCCAGCGGGUAUUGGAGUGAAGAAUUCACUGCUUGUAUUGGGUGCAAUCAGUUUUGUGGGCAUGUUGUUUAGUUUUUUGGUCCCCGAAUCAAAGGGGAAAUCACUGGAAGAGAUGUCUGGUGAAAAUGAAAAUGCAAAUGGAGCAGAGGCAGGAUUGGAGCAGGCACCAACAAAUAACCAGACAGCUUUGGACAUUUAGGUCGGGCUUUCAUCCAUUUCUUAGAGCAUAAAACUCUAAAGCGUUCAUCAGUUUUGGUGGAGAUAUCUCUGAUGGUCCAUUUUUUCUCUCCUGUACAAAUUUUAUUUUCUUAGCUAAUUUACAGUUUUAGUUCCAAUAGUAACUUGAAUGUUUAUUUUGUCAAUUGAGAUUGCUAGUAUAUUAGUUCCAGUUUCAUUUUUGUUUUUGUAUUUGUUUUUUUUUUUUUCAAUUUUCUUGUGUGAUUUCCUUUGAAUAAUGCUUAGAACAGUCACAGCAUAUUCUAAUCUAAUGUUCUGUAUGGCCAUAGUAGUUGCUUUUUGCUUGCUUCUGCUAAUUAGUUUGCACCAUUGUUAUUUAUUUGGUGAAGUUUGAUAAUGCUGGUGUAGAAAUCUGUUCUCUUUGGUUCAUUACACUUUCUGGUGCUCAUGGACGGGUUAAAAUUCUUCAGCCUUAUUCGUCAUACAUUACAACCAUUUACAGACCACAAAUUCUUAGACAAAGCUUUAACAUUUCAGAUAAAGCUCAGAAGUCUUUGCUUUCCAUCGGAAAUACUUACAAUAAGUAGUAUCUCUUUUCGUCCAUAUUGGCACAACACAACCAGAACUUUGGUACUUUUUAUCUUUUAUACAGAGCUAUAUGGUCCUUGAAUUUAGCUUCCAUCUUCUUAAUCCCUUAUUAUUUACAUUCUUCUUAGCAGUCCCACUGUCCUUCAAUUGCAAUGCAGUAUGCAUGUACCUGCUUAAAUCAGUGUACAUAGGGUGCAACCAUGACUUAUUGAACCCACUAAAGCAAGCUACUCCUUUUUAUUAUUAUUAUUAUUACAAUUGGUAGGAAGGGAAUAAGGGACAACAAAAUUGCAUAGUGACUAUUAGUAUGAAUUUAAUUAUACAAAAAUAAAUUAGUUUAGCAAAACAGGAAAAAUACACGUCACAAAUCACAUCAAGAUUUAUGUGAAAAACCGUCCAAUACAGAGGAGAAAAAAUCACAAGACUAAUAUAGAACCUCCUCUGUUAUCUAAAAAAUGGGUAUACAAAAAUAAAAAAUAAAAAAUACCAGCUCCAUUCACGGUAGGUACUUACGAACU